GCUUCCCGGUGCCGGCCAGUGUUCAACGGCAGACGCAAACCUACUGGAUUGGGAAGGAAGACCCGUCGCACGCUGACCUCACACGCUGACCAGCUUUACCACGGCGCGAAUUCGUCUGCAGCCUCACCACCGGAGAUAGCAUUUUUCGCCGCGGGAAUUCCAAGAUACAGCCGAGGGGCUCGUCGCGACUCUCUUGCUCCUGCCAUUGGCCUGCCUCGCACCUCUCGCCAGGUCCCAUCCACACACCACAGAGCCCGCGCAACACGGCCCUCCCGCUCGACCAUGGGCCUCACCACCGGCUUCCUCGGAGGCUUCACCCUCACUUCUGCCAUCCUGUACCUGUCUAUAUCCAUGCACACGCAGAACCGCGUCACACAAGCUGCUCUCCUCCGCCAGCAGCGCGGCGUCCUCACCGCGUUUGUCGAGCCCAAGCAACCACAGCCAGAGCCGACAAGUCGAGUCGUCGACGCAGGACUGGCCGAGAUGGCAAAGGAUAGGUGGAAUCGCGAGCUUGAGCAGGUGGUCCAGAAGGUGUACAACACAGACUGGAGGAGGGUGAGGGAGAACGCCGAAGACAGGCUGGGUGCGUUGGUGGAGAAUGUCAGGAAGUGAGCGAGGAUAUGGUAUGAGCGUGGCUGGAGAGGACAAUAGAGCGGCAGCAUGGGAGAGGACGACUGCGACGAUACCCUUCUUGCUACUGCACAUGCUUGGGAGACUUACAAUAGAACGCCUGUGAAUAUUUGUAGCUGUCACGUCUGCUCUACUAUACAAUGUGGGGUGAGAGGUUUGUGAGCGUCCCAUCUCCAUUGUCACAUCAGUCUCGUCUAUUGCGCCUUGUCUUUCCUUUCCCUACUUUCACCACCAGCAAUAUUCCCUGAUACUGUUCACCGCUCACCUCUGCCCCACCAUGUCUGCUUGAUCACUUCAAAUUCCUCCAUC